AUGGCUUCUUCUCUUCAGAAGCAGCUGCAGCAAGUACAGAACAAUAAUGUUCUGAAACCGGGCAAGAUUCGCCGGGCGCCCUCAUUGUUGUACGAGCCCAAAGUUGCUGCUGAUAUGGAUUUGGAAGAAAUCUAUAUAACAGCAGUCAGUGGCUUUCAUGAGUUGGCUGUCCGCGAACCUCGUGAGCAAUCGAUUCACGUCGACAGAUUGACGUUGGAUAAAGCUGAAAACGAAAAAUUAAAUAGAGAGUGCGUUCAUUUGUUGCGACUCUUGGCUCCCUUCUUCACAUAUAAAACCACAUUAAAGGUUCUAGAAUGGUUAAUUCGUCGUUUUAGCAUUCAGGAAUAUAUCGCUGAUGACUUUUUGCUGGCCUUUUUCCCGUAUCACGAUCACCCCUUUUUUGCGAGGGUCUUGGCAUGCUCAAAGCCUAAAUCUCGACCUAUGCUUUUUCUGAAACCCGCUAUAGAAAUGCGUGUUGCUUUGUCACGCGCCGAUGUCGUUCAUGCCAUGAUCCGUGACAAAGAUUUGCUAUCGAUGUUUGCCCAAUUUGCUCAAGCUUCUGCUGAGUCGAAUACUAUGUAUUCGGCCCUUGCUCGAUUUUGGGCAGGCGUCUUUUUAGAGAUUAUGAUUUCAUGGUCGUCUUCCAAUGUUGAUUCCAAUGUUAUUAUGGAUCGUUUAUUCUUGUACAUAUCUUAUGCCGUCAGCUACCCAGUGAACACCGAUUUUCAAAUCUCUGGUUUUAUGUGCUUAUCUGCGCUUGCUGUCUCUUUUCCUUUGCAUGUUACAAUCAUUCCUCCUCUUUUAGAUGCCAUCACGCUUCGUGUUACUACAAAUAAUAUUCUACCAGCUUUAAUUUGUAUUGGUCAUUUGUUACAGGCCCAUCAAGGCGCAAUUGACUUCCAACAGGAAUGGGUUGACCGUUUGGAAGGUUACGGCUCCUCCAAAUUGCUUAUGGAAUUGAAUCAAAAGUAUCGCAUGGAUAAGUUUUUCACCAUUUAUUGGUUAAAUCUAUUAAAGUCUAAAAAGUCAAAUAGACGUGAGCUUCUUCACUUACUAGAUAACUCUUUCUCACAUCUUCAUAUUUCCUUUGAGCAAGCUAAAGCUUUGCUCUCGACGAUUUCUUUGCAAUCAGAAUAUUCCACUUUACAAAGUUAUCGCCGGGUUAUGAAUAAUGCAAAUAUGAAUGAGGAAAGCACUGUCAAGGAUGUUCAAACAACUGGUAUUGUUAAACAACUUAAUGCCGAAGAGUCAAAGGCAUCUGUGAAAAGAGAUAAAAGAACUUUACGUGCGAAUAUUGACUCAUUUAAAGAGCCCACCGAUCGUAGCGUGUGCAUAUCUUUGGCUAACGACGCAGUAUCAGUGGAUUCAAGCUAUUUCAAUGACUUACUUUCUAAAUUCACUAGAAAGAUUCCUUUUUUAACUUGUUGUGUUCUCUUUGGGGAAGAAGAAACCGCUGUCAUUGCUUUAACGCGUAUGGAAGAGAUCAUUAGCACUCAGGUGAAGACUGAUUUUCAGGCUCUUUUGCCUAUAGCUCUUUAUGCCUUGAGUCUUGCCUCACAGAAAAUUAGGUCGAAAGCUCUUUCUUUAAUAUCUAAAGUUCCUCGCUCUGAUGAGAGUAGUAUAUCAGAUGUUUACGGACUGAACGAUCCCGAGUUUGAGAAUUCUAAAUGGUUAAGUUUUUCGGAAAUUCAAGUUUUCUGUGUAGAUUAUAUUCUUAGUCGUUCUUCCGAACUGAAGUUGGACAAUAGUUAUGUCUUCUCUUAUAUUGGAGAAAAAUUAUAUGCUGAAAAGAAGAGCAAGGACUUAUCUGUUAAAAUGGCUAUCACUUCUUUUUUGACAUCACAUGCCUAUAGUAGCCAGUUUACAGAGAUCCGUGUUUUCCUGCUAGAAGUUCUGCAUCAUGUUCAUGGAAAAGUUGACGAGAUCAAGCAGCAGCUUCUAUCCCCUAAAUUGAUAAAUCUUUCAAAAUCCGAGAGUGUUGAAGAAGCGAAACGGGUUACUACAGAAGAGGCAGAAGCAAUUGUCAAAGUUUUUGAUCAGCAUUAUUUUGCUUCUUUGUUAGCAUUGCUUAAGACGGAUUCAGCAUUAUCUCAAGCCGCUUGUAAACAGCUUGUUAAAUUACAAGAAAAGUUAAAAGACUCGCAACAUUUAGAAUUUGUUCGUACUUUAAUCGAUACUGAAGACCAACCUUUAUAUUUUGUUAAUACUUUGGAUGGUCUCAAUAUCCCUCCUUAUGUGUUCCGAAAUCUACUUGAAAAUAUCCAGAUAAAUAGGAAGAACGGCACAGGCUCCAAACGAGCACGUAGUAGUGAGGGAAUUUCUGCUUUCGAAUUACAAAAAGUGACUCGUGUUUUGGAAAUCCUUGAAACUAAGGGUGCUGCAAACCAUCCUUAUUUAAUUGCUCCUUUGUUUGAUAUCCUCAAUCAAGUUAUAAACUUAAAGGAUCAAAUAUUUUCUGCCAAUUAUUUGCUUCAGUUGUUGCUUGGACUUUUGUAUGAUAUGGUUUGUGCUGUUCCCGUUAAAGAAUUAUCACCUUCUAUCAGAAUCGAUACAUUAGUGGGUUGUAUCCGAUCUACAAACAACCCACAGAUUCAGAAUAAAGCCUUACUACUCGUUAGUGGACUUUCACAUGCUGCUCCUGAAGUAGUUUUACACGGGGUUAUGCCCAUCUUUACUUUUAUGGGAACAACAGUUUUAUCUCGCGAUGAUGCAUUUUCAAUUCACGUCAUUGAACAAACUAUUAAAACUGUUAUUUCUGCUUUAGUUAAGCUUUCAAGUGACUUCGAUUCUUCAUUGCUUAUUUCAUGUUUCGUUAAUGCAUUUCCUCACAUUCCUCAGCAUCGCCGUCUUCGAUUAUACCGUAUGCUUUUACAAACGAUUGGAACUGAUAAAUUUAUGUCUGUCAUUCUGAUUCAAUUCGCUGAGAAGGCUAUUGCUGCUAAACCUGCUCAAGCUAAGGUUAUUCAAGACUUUUGUUUAACGUUGUCUCAAAGUAACUCACCUAUUGAUCGCAUUCGUACUAUUAAUCAAUGCUCUCUAACUUGUCUUGAGUCUUUCAAAGCCCAAACUAGUACUCAAGGAAAUGGAAAACCUACAGCGAGCGUAAAGUUGGAUCAACUACCAAUGGAACUUGAUGUGAGUACGAUUUCAACCUUGCGCUUCAAAAUACUUGAGCUCAUGUCAGUUGUUUGUAAGGUAAGAAAUUUCGAGUCCGAUCUUGCUCGAAUUAUAGAAUCGGAUAUUGAACACUUUAAACUCAUCGAAUCUGACUUACUUAAAUCGUUGGAAAUUUUGCUUGAACUGGGUGAUGUCUUGAAGUCUGAUGAGGAGGUUGAACACGUUUAUGCCACUCUUCGUAAUCUUAUUGCUCUUCUUCCCGACAGAUCAUUUUGCACGGUUCUUGCCAGAUUACUUCAUGACGAGCGCACUUUGCUACGCCGUAAAGCUUUGGGUGUCUUGCAACAACGUGUUCAACGAGGUGCCAAGGUUUCUUCAUUAACUGCUUUAGUACCUGACGUUACAUUCAAUGUAUCAAACGGUACAGAUGAAGAAACGGUACAACUAGCAAUGGACUGCCUUUCGGAUAUGGCAAAGCGUUUUAAGAAAAAUCCAGAAUUAUUUGAAUCUUCCAUUGAGGUUGUAUCCGGUCCUUAUGGCUUGAAAAGCAAAGCAAAAGACGUUCAAGUCUCAUCGAUUGUUUGUAUUACCGUGUUGUCGAAUACGUUAGGCGCUAGAAUUUUGCCUUAUUUGGCAGAUAUUAUGGGAACUGUUCUAUCCCUGCUUUUUGGAGCGAAGAAUGAUCCUGAAGGAGAUCUCUUGGAAUUGGCUUGCUUCUCAAUGACGAUUGAUUUAUUCAAGGCUAUUCCUGAAUUCAGUGCUAGUUAUGUCGAACCUACGAUUAAAGCUGCUUUGGCUUCCGAACGCGCAUUUGAGCGCGAUUCAAUCGGAGAGUUACUGUUUGAUACAAUUGCUAAUUAUAUUCCUACUCGCCAUUUGAUCAAAUCCAUUCUCUCUGCGUGGUCCGAAUGUACAAAACUUGGAUCUACUGCUGCCCUUCGUCUACUUGAAUUGAUUGAAAUGACCUUCCAAAAUUCCACAAGGACGGCAGUUAGCACCGUCUACAAAUCAAUCUUUAGGUUUUUCCUUGAUUCUUUUGAUAGCCGACGCUCUCUAUUCUUUGCAGAAGAUGUGGAUAACGUAGAAACGAAAGCUGUAAACGUUUUUCUCAAGUUCGUUAUGAAAUUGAGUGAUACAACCUUUAGGCCUUUGUUUUUACGUUUACAGUCUUGGGCAAUGGAAGAUUUACGUGAAACUGAUCCGUCUGGUAUUGUUUCUCGUCAAACUUUCUUUUAUAAUUUUUUGACAACCUUUUUGGAUACUUUGAAAUCUAUUGUUACCAAUUAUUAUGCUUAUGUUUUAGAUAGCACAGUUGACAUUUUGUCAUCCAAGGACACGAAUAGUGAACUUCGCCAUUUGGUCAUUAGCAGUUUGGCCGUUGCGUUUGAAAAUGAUGCGGAAGAGUUUUGGAUAGUACCUGCUCGUUUUAAUAAACUUGUGCCUAUUCUUUUAGAACAAGUUCAAUACGCACCAUUGUUAGACAACAAAAUAUUGAUUAAAGCUAUAACUGAGCUGGCGAACGUUGCACCUUCUAGCGAAAACUAUAAAGCUAUCAACACUCCACUUUUGCAACACCUUCGUUCCGAAAAUACAAAUAUUCGUGUUUUAGCCAUUCAAAUCGAGACUCAACUAUAUGGACGAUUGGCUGAGCAAUGGCUUUCUACUCUUCCCCAAUCCGUUCCAUUUAUUUCUGAGAUUAUGGAGGACGACGAUGAACAGGUCGAAGCUGCAACGACAGAACUGGUCCGUAUUGUUGACGAUUGUCUUGGUGAUAAUGAAUCCCUUCAAGAUUAUUUGACUUAA